AUGUUCGGGAUCGAAUCGUCGCCGGCAGCGCUGUCGUACCCUUCGGCGUAUUCGUCAUCUCGCUUGAGGGUGCUAACUGGAGCACCUUUCCUGGCCACUAGCGAGAGGUUUGGCUUACCGCAACCCGUUCGUACCCUGGGGCAGUUGCCCUCCACCUACCCGGAGCCUUACCGUUACCAGACUGUUUCCACAUCACAGCCCUGGGGCACUACACCCUCGCCACUUACAGCGCCAUACAGAUACAACUCGGGCAGCCCCUAUCAUAAACUACCGUAUGUUUAUCAUCAAAACGGCAUUGGCCUCGUGCAAAGCUUCCCUCAGGCAAGCUUUUGUGACAUUCCCCAAGAACCCAAGCCAACCCAGAGCUACAUAGGCUUGAUUGCCAUCGCUAUUCUGAGCACCAAAGAGAAAAAACUGGUUCUUAGUGACAUCUACAAAUAUAUUCUCGAUCAUUAUCCUUACUUCCGGUCCAGAGGCCCUGGAUGGAGAAACAGCAUCCGACAUAAUUUGUCACUGAAUGAGUGCUUUAUCAAAUCAGAUCGGAGCUCCAAUGGGAAAGGGCACUUCUGGGCAGUCCAUCCAGCAAACGUGGAGGAUUUCUCUAAAGGUGACUUCCGUCGACGACGAGCUCAGCGCAAAGUUCGGAAGUACAUGAGCCAAAAACGAUCGCAAAGCCAUUCUGAAUCUCUCCAGAAAGAUGACGGGUUAACUCUGGUAGAAGUCACAAACGACACUGAAAAAUUGGAAGAUGACUGUGAUACGGAUAUUCCGUGCGACUGGCCGGACAACGACUCAGAAAUCGACGUUCUGGACACGGAAGACGUUGUGGAUGAGGUGAAAAAACCGGUUCACAGACGAGGUGCCUUCGAUAUGGACACGAUAUUGUCCACUUACUUUCCAUGUGCCAGGAACACUGUGUUAAACGCUGCUUCAGAUAAUGACGAAUUCCCUUCCAAAUCACACGAGGAAGUGCCGCUUAUGCAUAUACAUGAUGGUUGUCGCACGAUUUCCGGGUGA